UUUACCCUAAUUCUAUUCUCCUAUAAGUAGUAAACACUAGCCAAGAGACUAGGGGACGAAAAUCUGAGAGGAGACAGAGCUGCAAGAACACAAAAAACCCUCUAAGAACUCAAAAUCGGUUUAAAAGAUUGAAGGCCUCUCAGGGAGUUUUAAAGGUUGCAAAAGGUUCUCUGAAGGAUUCUGAAGCUGUUAGGAUUAUCACGCUUCAUCAGCACCCCCAGAAUUGCCUCCAAUCGUUCAAGGAAGGAUGAGCACCAAGAAGACCAUUGUUCACCUUUCCGUUUCCACUCCGGAUAUCAAGAAGCUGAAAAUAAUCAAGGAGAAAUUACCAUCAAGUGCCUUGGACAGGUUUGUAAUCCGCUAUGGGAAUAUUUUGGACUUGCUAAGGGUGAGAGUACAAGAAGAAGCAAUUACUGCUUUGGUUCAAUUUUAUGACCCUCCGCUUAGGUGCUUCACUUUUCAAGACUUUCAGUUGGCUCCAACUUUGGAAGAGAUGGAUGCUACUUUGGGGUUCUCAAAAAUUAAAAAAGAAUUCUAUACUGGUGCGGGUAAAGAAGUUGACUUUUCAGAUUUGGCAAAAGCUUUGGGGUUAUCUGCUACGGAAUUGAAGACUAAUUAUAAAACUGAUGGGGAUGUGCAUGGGAUCAAAAGAUCUUACUUAGAAAAUCAAGCUUUAAUGUAUGCUCAAAAGAAACAAUGGGACAUUUGUGGACAUUUAUUAGCUCUUUUGAUUUUUGGAGUUGUCUUAUUGCCAAAAAAUGUUGAUUAUGUUGAUCCCGCUGCCAUUCAUGCUUUCACUUCCUUUAAGGUUUAUGGAAAAGAUCCUACUCCGACUAUCCUCGCUAAUAUUUACUAUGCUAUCCAUACAAAGUAUGAAAAGAAGAGAGGAAUGCUAUUUUGUUGUGUCCACUGGCUAUAUUCUUGGUUGACUUCUCAUCUCUACAAAUCUAGUUGCUUUAUCAAAGAGCUUGCUAGGAACGAGUGGUCUCAAAAGCUAAGGGCUCUUAAAGCUGAUUCUAUCCUAUGGUAUGCAAAGAAAUUAAAAUCUGAUAGGAUCAUUUACAAAUGUGGAGAUUUCGACAAUGUGCCAUUAAUGGGGACUCUUGGUUGUAUUAAUUAUAACCCCGUUUUAGCAUUGCGUCAAUUAGGACAUUCUAUGGAUAGUGAACCUUCGGAGCAACAAAUAGAAGAAUUGAUCUUGCAUGAUAAUGGGAAGGGUGCACCAAGAACAUUGAAAAGAGUGAUUCAAGCUUGGAGUCAGGUUCAAAGAAAAUAUUUUGGGCCAAAGAAUGCAAUUGCAAAAGCACCUUACACCACAUGGGUUCAAGAAAGAGUUGGAAAGAUUUUGCUACCUUUUGUUGUGGAUCCCGCAUACAAGCCUGAUUCUCCCGAUCCUGUUCCUCUAUCCAUCGAAGAGAUAGAAGGGAUCAAGGCUGCCCUAGAGGCAUCCCAAAAGGAAAAAGAGAAACUAGAACUUGAUUUGCAUCAACUUACCAACGAAAGGAGCCAACUACGCUUCGACCUUAAGGAUAAGAACCAAGAACUUCAAGCAAUGAAGGAAGAGAAUGAUAGACAAAGGAGUAAAAGGAAGCGUGCAACUGAAGGGUAUUUAAGUGCUAAUUUUAAUUUGGAAGCACAUAAUGAGAGGUUGGAACAAGCGGAUAGGGAAAUUGCAAGGUGGAGAAGGCGUUACGAAAAGGCUUCCCAUGACAAAACAGAAUCGGAGAAGAAUCUGGAAGCUGUGAUCUUUGAAUUAACUGAUAGGACUAAAGAUCAAGAGGAUGAAAUAAGAGGUCUCAAAUAUGAUCUUCAAGAAGCCCUCAAUGCUGGACAACAAGAACAUGCAAGAAGAUUAACCACGGAGGAAGAGCUUUUACAGCGCACUGGUGAGUAUGAAAGGGCAUUUCAAGCUAUGGUGUCACUUAGGGAAGUAUUCACAAGACAAAAAGAGGAAUUUGAGGCAGCCUUGGAAGAAAAAGAUUAUUGGAAAAGACUUUAUUCAAUUAUUUCUGCGGCGAAUGAGCAUGUGAGCAUGGUUCCCAAGAUGCUCGAAGAAUAUGAAAAAUGUCGUGAGGAUCAUGCUAAGCUAGUCUUCUUGUGUAAUGAUCUAAUCCUGGAUAUUCCAAAAAGUUUGGAAAGAGCAGAAUCUUCUCCCAUCAUCCUUCCUGAAGUCGUCAAAGAGUUUAUGGAGCUUUGUAGGAGCAUGGUGGACAAGUUCAAAGAAGACAUCCAAAGACGCUCUUAGUUUUAUGUUAUUUCCU